AUGGCUGUAAACAAAUCUCUUCAUUGUAAACCAUUAUGGAAAGAAUGGGAUCACAAGGCUAACAAACAAGGUUUACUUCAUACAGUAUUCUUUUCAAACGGAGAUGAAUACACUGGAGAAUGGUUGAAUAACAAAAAACAUGGAAAAGGAACGUAUUUGUGGAAUAACAAGUCGGUUUAUAACGGAGAUUGGAAAAACGACAUGAGGAAUGGAUUUGGAACAUUAUGCGUUAUGAAUAGUGAUAACCAGAGUAUCAUGAAACAAUACUAUGGUGGUUGGAAGGAUAAUUUAAAGCAUGGUUUUGGGACAUAUAUUUUUAAUGAUAAUGUGAUGUACGAAGGAGACUGGUGCCACGAUAAAAGGCACGGAUGGGGUAGGAUGAUAUUUGAAAAUUCAUCAAUAUAUGAAGGAGAAUGGGCCAACGAUCAGCGUAAUGGUCAAGGAAUUCUUAAGUAUAAAAACCAAAACAUGUAUGAAGGAAAUUGGUCAAGCGAUAUGAAAAACGGUGCUGGCAAAUUCUUUUAUUUUGAUAAAAAGCAGUUGUACGAUGGUAUUUGGAUAAAUGACGUAGCGAAGUGUGGUGAAAUUCAACCUAUAACUGAAACCUCGUCAGUUCAUGACGCUAAAGAUAUAUUUCCCAAGCUUUUGAAGCAAGUCAAAGAGGGUUAG